AUGUGUGCACCAAAAGCUACAGCGGGACUAAAUAUGGUUAAUCUAGCACUGUGGAACAAAGCUGCCAUAACAAAGUAUACCUGGGAGCUGGCAAACAAGAAAGACAAACUGUGGAUCAAAUGGAUCCAUAGUUAUUACAUUAAAGAUCAGGUUUUCUAUACCAUGGGAGUGCCACAACAAUCAUCAUGGAUGCUGAAGAAAAUAUUUGAAGCAAGAGCUAAUCUGGCAGGGAUUACUGCUGAUAGGGGAGAUGCCAAAGGUAGCAUGGAAGGGGCUAUGUACCAGAAUCAGGCUAGACCAAAAGCAAUAUUUAUACUAUUGUUGCUGAUGCAUGGAAGACUUCAAACUGCUGAUAGAUUGAAGAAAUGGAAGAUCCAAGUUGAUGAAAUAUGCUGUUUUUGUAAACUAGCUCUAGAAACAAAAGAGCAUCUGUUUGCAGAAUGUGUGUAUGGCAGAGAUUUAUGGAACAUGCUCAUGCAAUGGAUUCAAAUGCAAGUUAGCUUACCUUCAUGGGCAGAAUGGCAGCAAUGGAUAAUACAGAAAACGAAGGGAAGAUCACAAAUGGCUAGAAUUCUCAAAAUGAUAGUUGCAGAAUAUGUGUAUACUUUGUGGAUAGAAAGAAAUGCAAGAAUCUUUGAAAAAACAGCUACAACAUGGGAUAUACUUGCAAAAAAGGUGGCUUGUGUCAAAGUGGUAUCCCCGCGGGCUGAACUUGAGCAGAGUUCGAUAAGGGCCAAUGACUCGAGUGAUGAGUCGAUCGAGAAGACGGUAGAGUUGGAUAAGGCCGUCAAGGCCAGGAUGGCAUCUUUGGCAAGGAUGGCGGCAUCGGAGGAGGUCAUUCGCGUCCUCGGAUCUGGACGGGCGAGGAGGUCGAAUGUCAAUUUGCGCGAGGAGGCCGAAUGUUAA